CACAUACAACCGCAACUGCCACAACAACACAACACACAACAACAACACACAACAACAACAACAACACGGACGUGUGUGCGAUGGCUCGGCGUGGCGGCGGCGGCGGCGGUGGCGGGCGUCUGUCCUCUGGGUUUGACUCGGAUGUGGCAGACUUUGUGCGUCAAGUCCUGCAAAAGACAAGUGGACCCGUUCAGCAGUCGCCUGCAUCAGGCACACAACAGCAUCAUGCGUCUGCCAGCAGACAAGUCAGCAAGCACCGCGCAUCCACAACGUCCACAUCGUCGUCCGUCGCCACAGCAUCGUCGUCCAACACGUCGGCCUCGCUCUCAAGCACGGCACCGGCUGCAUCUGGCAGAUCAACCAAACACCAUCAAUAUCACAACCAAAGCUCUCAACACCGACACCAACAAGGCCCCCGCGCACCGCAGCCGGGCCUAUCCUCGUAUCGCCUCGACGUUCGUGGCACUGGCAGUGCAAGCCCACGCAGCUCGCACGGCCAAGUGCCAAACGACAUUUCCAUGGAGUCGCUACGGUUUGGCGUUCCUUUCGUCCACGGCGUGAGCCCCAGCAGAGCGCGAUCUGCCGCGUCCUCCCGCCGCUCGUCCGUCGCCACAACAGGACGCACAUCUGGUCUCUCGCGGCAAUCGCAGACGGCAGACCACCGGCCGAAGCGGGAGGGAUCGGCGCCGCCAUCACGCGCCGUCCUCACGUCCCUCGCUUCCGUCGAACGCAUGUUGGGGCUGCAUGAAGGAGCACAGCGUACAAGCACAAGAAGCAGAACCAAUGGCAGGCAAUGUGCUGGUGAUAGUGGUGGUGAUGAUGAUGAUGGGCGGAUGAGUAGUAGGCGGUAUGAAACCGCAACGCGCAACACCGGCUGGGUUGUGGCUGAUGACAAUGAGGCAUCGAAGAAGAGGAAACAGCAGCAGCAACAGCAACACCAACAACAACAACAACACCAACAACAACACCAACAACAACACCAACAACAACACCACCACCACCAACAACAACAACACCAACAACAACAACAACAACAACAACAACAACAACAACAACAACAACAACAACAACAACAACAACAACAACACCAACAACAACACCAACAACAACAACAACAACAACAACAGCCCGCUGCUGUCGUUGAUUUGACGCCAUCAACCGAUCGCGCGCUUCUGUCCGGAUUAUCGGACGUUGUGACCAUCCAUCUCCUUGAUGAGCACAGAAAAGUGCGAAAGGACUUCUACUGCGUGCGCGAUAUUUUGUCGCAAGAGAUGAAAUACUUCAGGCAACACCUCUCCCCAGACGCACGAUCUGAUUCUCUUGACAUUUCGGUGCACUGCGACGUCAAAGUGUUCGAAUGGCUCAUGGCGUAUGUGGAGCCGUCAACGCGUGAUCCGCCGAAACUCAACCUGAAGAACGUCGUGUCGGUGCUCAUAUCAUCGCACUUCCUGCAGAUGGAUGAUCUCAUGGAAGUCUGUCUGCAGUAUGUGUUUACGCACAUCAACAGCAUUGUUAAGCGACAGGCAAACCUCAACUGCAUCAACAACGACCUUCUGACCAGGCUUGCAUCACGUUUUACGUUCAGAGAGUUUCACACGCUCGUGGACAAGAAGGAUAAACUGGCCAGUAAACUCUACUGGAAGCACCUUGAGCUCAUUUUCAGCGUCGAUCAACCGUUGCACGACCUGUACAGGUGCUCCCACUGCAUGCGGCUGCUGCUGCCUGGAGAUGAAGAGCAGACGCAGUGCCUUGACGACAGAUUACGCGUUGACCACGCCGGGCGUCUCGUGUACUGCCACGAGGUCGAUCGGUCGUGGGAUGUCAACGAGUUCCUGGCGGGACUGCGUAUUGACGGGAUGGCGCCGGCCGAGAUCUACUGGAGGGUCCAAGGAUACGCGUAUCGCCUCUCCUGCAGUCGAUGCAGCGAUCGAUUUGCCGCUUCAGAGCUGAAGCACUGCCGCUACCACCCGCGCUCACCGGAGUUCAAGAACGACAGCGCACCUAGUGCUGGCGUUUACCCGUGUUGCGAACAGCAAGUUCUCAGAUUUGAACCGGCACAGAUGUCCGACGGGUGCGCAUUCAGGGAACACAGCCCACAAAUGGAAACGGACGAGGAGAAGGAGUUUCUUGAGCUGCUGCGGAAGCAUCAUCCAACCGCACUCUUGGACACAACAGAUCCUGCCGCCCUUCGCAGGAUCACCCAUUCGGAGAGCUCGCACCCGCUCAACCCAAGCACGCCCAUGCACCGCAUCACUGGUAAUGACAUGCGGGUUGGCGAAGAUGAGGACGAUGUUGAUGACAUCCCGGAGCCGUCCACCCCUCGUGUUGUUGUGAAGCAUCGGGUGGCGCGCGGCCGAACAAUGACCACUGCAGAGACCGCAGCCCUUCGCACAGAACUCCGCUCCGCUUUCCUCGCACUCCUCACGUGUCGACUGGUGCGGCGUGUCUCCACGUGCAGAAACAGCAUCACAGCAGACGCAGCAGCGCAAGACGCCAGUCAUGUUCUGCUCGUGGUCACCAGACCAAAACCUCAAGGCGAACCUCGACACGCAACGGUGUGUUGA